AUGGAUAAUUAAAUUCAACAAUAAAGCUGCAUUAAUUUAAUUGCAGAAGCUAUAUUUGUAUGCGAAUUUCAUGAUAUAGUUGGAAAUGCUAUUGUUUAUUGCUAUCCUGAAGAUGAGUUGAAGAAGGACUUUGAUCAAAUAUAGGAUUUUGUAAUUCCAAAAGAUGAGCUUUGCGGAAAGUUGAUAAUUACUGAAUUUAGAUAGCAUUAUUAUGUUCUUGGUUUGCCAAUUUUGUUAAGAAACAAAGAAAAAGAGAAAAUAUAUUCAAGAGAAAAGUACAUCUUCAAUAUUUGUAUUAUGGUAAGAAAGGAGCAAUAUUUAUCAAGAAAAUUUUGGUACUAAGAAAUAACAAGAAAACUAGCUUUCUUUUUUACAUCAUUAGAAAUUGAAACUCACUUCAUUUAUAAAAAUGACAAAAAAAUUAUCUCUGAAAAGAUUCAGAACUUAUACUAAUCAUUAAAUUCAGAGAAGGAAUGCUUAUUAGAAUAUAAUGAAGAGUAAUAUGUAUUUAUCAAAUACAUAGACUCUAUUAAGCCUUAAGGAGUAGAGGAUAAUAUUAUAGAAAUAAAAGACUAUCUAGUCCCUCUCCCUUUAUUCAGUAAUUUAUUAUAUAUAUAUAUUUAUAAUCUAUUUAACCAAAUAAUUUCAAUAGCAAGUAAAGCUCUUGAUGGAGUAUUAGAAUAAUUUGAUUCAGAACUCUAUAAAGUUUUUAAGGAAGUAAAUGGAGAAAAAUGUGUAAAGAAAAUAUCAAGAGAGUUAAAUAAAGAUCUUUAAAAGUUAAAAAUAUGUUUAAAAAACCUUUAUUACCAUAAUAUGAUUAAAUUUGUAGAUAUAUUUAGGUUAAAUAACCAUUAUCAAGUGACUGCUAAAAUACAUGAUUUUAUGCAAAAUUAGCAGCUCUAAUAAACUUGCAUUAGAUAUAUUUUAGUAAACCCUGAAAGAAAAAUAGAUCCUUCUGAAAUUAUUUACCUAUAUCUUUAAUUUUAGAAGUAAAAAUCAGUCUAAGAUAUUGUUUUAGAAAACAGAUUAAGAUUUGAAAAAAUUAACUUAGUUUAAUUUGUUCAUUUUGGAAUCAUUCACGAAUUGAUAGAAAGAGUUCAUUUGUACAUUUUAGCAAACAGAGAAAUAGAUCUAUUCAAUGAAAUUAAUAUAUAAAACUUAAUUAAUGAAGAAGAAUACAAAACUUCCAAAAAACCUAAUCACAUGAAGCAUAACUCAAAUUAAAAUUUAAUUUCUAUCAAAAAUGCUGAAUUUAAAGACUUUGUAAGAAAAAAUGCCCCUUUAGAUUAAAUUUUAGUAGAAUUUUAAAUAUCUGAAGAAUUAUUUAGGAGUAUUUAAGAUAUAAGUAAUAUAUAACUAAUAUAUCGUUGA